AUGAGCUCGUACGUGGGAAACUCUUUUUGUAAGCAAACACACGAUGCACCAUCCUACAGCAUGCAUACUUUUGGCAACUAUGGGACUCUCCCAGAGUUUCAGCACUCCGCGUACGCUUACGGAGGGCUCAAUCUCAAUGGAGACUUAGAUUCUCAAGUCGUUUCCGACUCCCCUAAACGUGAGGCGACGAAUAUGCACCGUGUCAGGAUUAACACUCCCCCACAUAACCAGGCUUGUGCUGCGCUGAGUCCCCCAAGCCGUGUCAGUACACAGGGGUACAACUUGCUCAGUCACGGACUGCUGAGCCAAAAAGCCGAAGAGAUUAGGGAAGUUACAGAGAAAUCCAGCGACAAGACCCAGGUCUGCGAAAUGAAGCUGGAGACCACAGCAACUAUUAAACCAAGAACUAACUCGAGUGAACGUCAGACACAGUCUCAACCGCAGAUAUUUCCGUGGAUGACCAAACUACACGUAUCUUUCUGAUGCUACCCAGACUCUGACGGUAAAAGGUCACGAACCAGUUACACCCGCUACCAGACAUUGGAGUUGGAGAAAGAGUUCCAUUUCAACCGAUACCUCACACGUCGCAGGCGAAUCGAGAUUGCCAAUAAUCUUUGCCUAAAUGAGAGGCAAAUUAAAAUUUGGUUCCAGAACCGUCGCAUGAAGUGGAAGAAGGACUCAAAAUUAAAGCUUAAAAGUUCAGUAUAA